CAGCGCAGGUGCGCAGAAAUAACCGUUCCCGGCACCCGUCUGACACGCGUUACGUGCUCGAUGCCAGGGUUUCGUCGCAGCUGGCCGGAUGACAACGACGAAACAUCAUGGCGGAUAACGAUAAGAAGCCGAUGUCACGUUUAAUGAAACUCGCGAACAAGUUUAACUGCUUCUACCUGUCAGGUUUACAUGCAGGGGAAUGCAGAGCUUUUGUUGUGGAUGGACAGCAAGUUGGUCUUGUACGUCCAGAUGUGAUGAAAGAAAUAUUAAACCAUCCUCAAGUAUUUCAAGUACAUCCCGAGUAUGUGCAACUAAAUCCAGCUUUUCGAGAUUAUGCUGAGAGAAGUGCCCGUGUUGAUGAAGUAUUAAGGGAAUGGAUGGCAGGUGGAAAGUUUGUAACGCUACGAGGCUGGAGAGAGGAAUGUCAUGAAGUGCGUGCACAAUUCAAUACACUACCAUUGUUUAAGAUGGAUCGCUCGGCUACAUGUUUAUUUGGAAUUCGGAAAUACGGAGUGGAUAUAAAUGGCUAUGUAAUGGAUCCUGUUAAGGGCUUAUCAAUAUGGUUGCAAAAGCGUAGUCCAAACAAACAGACAUGGCCUGCAUACUGGGAUAGCAUGGUGAGUGGUGGAUUGACUGUUGGUUAUGGUAUAAAUGAAACCGCAAUAAAAGAAGCCGGCGAGGAGGCGGGAAUCCCAAAUCAUCUUAUUGCCAAUCUCAAGAGCGCCGGUUGCGUAUCGUUCUUUUUUGAAAGUGAAAGAGGUCUGUUUCCCAACACGGAAUUUGUAUAUGAUCUUGAACUGCCGCCCGACUUUGUACCAAACAAUAGUGACGGAGAAGUAGAGACCUUCGAAUUACUCCCAGUUAGUGAAUGCUUAGAGAGGAUACUUUCGCCACAUUUCAAAACCACUUCUGUACCAGUUGCCCUUGACUUCUUAAUUAGACAUGGAUACAUUACAGCAGAAAAUGAGCCUAACUUUAUACAAAUUGUGGAGUUACUUCAUGUACCUCUGCAGACGAUGUACAAUCAUCGACAUAAAGCUAGUAAUAGAAUGGCUAAUGGUGAAACGAUCGAAACUUUAGAAAAAGUUUAAGUUUCCUUAGGCUCUUAAUUUGUAUUGUGCUAAUGGCUAUGAAUUGAAUGAGAUGAAUGAGGUUCCUUUUCUAUAUUUCUUGAUUGGACAAAUAUUGAGAAAUCUCAUUAAAUACAAUUGUAUACAUGUAAUACGUAAAGAGUUUUUUAUAAUUUAUAAAGAGAAAUAUGGAUUUAUAGAAAAAACGCAAUUUCUAUUAUUGAGUUGGACAUAUUUCUGCAUUCAUUUUAAUAUUGUUUUAAUUUGCAUAUCUUGUAUUAACACAACGAAAAAGAGAUUUUCAAUACGCUUUAUUAACUGCAUCAACUAUAACUUGUUCAUGAAGUAUUUAUAACGUUUUUCUCUUAUCUAUACAAGUUCAUAUGAUUUAUAGAUGAAGAAACUACAAAUUACUUUUUGUAUGACGAAAUAUUAACCAGUAACAUCAUUUAAUUCGUCAAAAUUUUAGAUAAUUUCUUCCAUUUAUACAGUUCUUUCCCUUUUUCUAUAACUUGAGUUUUCCAAUUUAUAUUAUAUUGAGAUAUUUUUCAGCUGAAUCUGCCAUUAUUUAGCACAAUAAAAUUAUACCGGUUAUUUGAAUAUCGUGCUUGUCAAAUGAACAGAUACGUUGUAAUAAAAGCAACUAACAUUUGAUAAAAUUAACUUACGAUAUACAUUGAUGUCAAAACAAAAGUAUUAUAGACGCAGCAUUCCAGAAAAUAAGUUUAUUAAUAAGAUUGCAUUUAAGAAUCGAAAAAUUAACGAAUUUUUUAAUAAUUAUUCCUUUAUAUGUAUUAAAACUUACAGCACACAGCUUGAAAUUAACGUGAGACAGUCUGCAUAAAACUAAAAUCACAUUUACAGUAUUAUAUAAGAAUAAAUAUACCAUGUACUUCUUUAAUAAGACAAGAAAUUUGCAGUGUGAUUAUGUGCUGAUUUUGUGCUUAAUAGAGUUUUAUUAUCGGA